GCACCCCUCCCUCGAUCGUCUCACCGUCCCCUCCUUCCUCCGGCGAGAUGCUCCUCUCCGCCCAUGGCGCCCGAGUCCUUCCCUCCCAUGGCGCCCGAGUCCUUCCCUCCCAUGGCGCCUUCGCAUUUGAGAAGCCCAUUCCCCUUGCUCUCGUACCUCCCUCUCCCCGGCUCCCACACUACGCCCUUGCCGAGAAGACGCCACCUCUUCCUGCCCCCUUCCGCGACUCCGUCCGGCGACCCCGCGCCUCCUCCGGCGAGGAGGUCGUCCCACCCGGACAGGGCGUCGGGUGAGGGCGAGUGGUGGAGGAAGGCGGUGCCGCCGGGACGCGCGGGCCCUCCAGCCCCGUCCCCGAGGAGCCGCUGUCGACGCCCCGGUGGAAGGCCAGGCGGCAGGCGCGCGCUGCGUGGCGGAAGGCCAUGCCAUUGGUGCCCAGCCCUGCUCAACCUGCUAGUCCUCAUAUUCGCAAGAAGCGCAUGCUGAUCAUUUCUAUUGUCAAAGAAGCGCAGACUAUGUUGGAUCCUGACCUUCUCAAUAUCAUACGCUUCACUAUUGCGGCCAUUCCUUUUGUGCUAUUCUUGUUGAAGUCAAUCAGAGACAUGCAAGUUGUUAUUAGGGGCGUAGAACUGGGGAUUUGGGUAACCUUGGCCUACCUCACUCAGUCUAUUGGGUUAGUUACUGCUGAUGCUGGUCGUGCAUCUUUCAUAUCCGCCCUCACCGUGAUCAUUGUUCCUUUCUUGGAUGGUAUUCUUGGAGCAGAAAUACCUGCAUAUACAUGACUUGGAGCAUGUUUAUCAGUUCUCGGGGUUGGUAUUCUGGAGUUAAGUGGUUCUCCACCAUGUGUAAGUCGACUAUCUACAUAAUCGAGCAUAUUUCCAGGAAAAUGAAGAAAGAAAAUUUCCUAGCCCUUGUUGUAUGUCAGGUCGUUGUCGUAGCUGUUGUCUUGGCAGUCUCGUUCAUUGUUAAAUGCUUCCUCCAGAAUGUGGUACCCUGGACGUUAAAAUCACGGACACCAACAGAGUUAUUCAGUAUGAUGUCAUCGUUUCCUUGGCUAGCAAUACUAUACACAGGCAUAAUCGCAACAACAUUUUGUUUAUGGGCAGAGAUUGUUGCUAUGCGUGAUGUAUCAGCUACAGAAACUGCAAUAAUUUAUGGUCUGGAACCAGUAUGGGGUGCUACUUUUGCAUGGGCAAUUCAUGGUGAGAGAUGGGACAUUACUGGACUUAUUGGAGCUGUCUUCAUCAUACUCGGUAGCUUGAUGGUUCAGGUACUGGGGUCAUUUCUUGAUAUUGAUGUAUCAGAGGACAGUUACCAGAUGAACAGCUGAUUCACAAAUCGCAAAAAUACGAGGAUUUCAUAUGAUAACAUAUGAUCAGUACUGCGACGUAAUACGCCAAGUAGCUAGCAUGACACUGCAACAAGAUCUAACUACAAUUAUGGCCAGUUGCACAAGGAAUGGAAAGCUCACUAGGCUGACAACAAUAGGGGUGGCUCACCAGUGGCCUGGGCAACUGAUGAAAACAAACUGUGGUGCAUGGUGACGUGGAGAACACAGCUACAUAAAAUGGGGAUGUGUAUAACUCGACUAAACGCCUAGGAUAGUCUGAUUUCGUAUCAAAAACAUUCUAAAUACUGUUUUCUCUCAAUGUAAAUCAAUCCACAUGAUGUAGUAUGUAUAAUAGAUUAGUUCAUGCUGAUUCUGCAUCAA